AUGAAGUGUACACAUGUAGAGACCAGCCACAGUAAUUUCUUGGAGAGUUUGAUUUCCUGUAUCCUUGUAGCAGAACUCCCACCUCCAUAUACGGCCAUCGCCAGUCCAGAUGCCAGUGGUAUUCCAGUAAUCAACUGCCGUGUGUGCCAAUCACUAAUCAAUCUGGAUGGCAAGCUUCACCAGCAUGUGGUUAAGUGCACGGUUUGCAAUGAAGCUACGCCAAUCAAAAACCCCCCAACAGGGAAGAAAUAUGUUAGAUGCCCUUGUAAUUGUCUCCUCAUUUGUAAGGACACAUCUCGGCGAAUAGGAUGUCCGAGACCCAACUGUAGACGCAUAAUUAACCUUGGUCCAGUAAUGCUUAUCUCUGAAGAACAACCUGCUCAACCUGCAUUGCCAAUCCAACCUGAAGGUACAAGGGUCGUGUGUGGGCACUGUGGAAACACAUUCCUGUGGAUGGAACUGAGGUUCAACACUCUGGCAAAAUGCCCACACUGCAAAAAAAUCUCUUCCGUGGGUAGUGCACUUCCACGAAGACGCUGCUGUGCUUAUAUUACCAUUGGAAUGAUAUGUGUUUUCAUUGGAGUUGGAUUAACUGUUGGCACCCAAGAUUUUUCAAGGCGAUUUCAUGCAACCUAUGUUUCUUGGGCAAUUGCUUACCUCUUGGGUUUGAUCUGCCUUAUUCGAGCUUGUUACUGGGGAGCCAUAAGAGUUAGUUAUCCAGAACAAAGUUUUGCAUAAGCUUGUUUAUGAUUCAGUGAUGCAGGUGAGAGUGUCUAGCAGUUCUUGAAAAGCUAUUCUGGACAUAGUUAAAUCAUCCCAAAUGGAUUCCAUUCUGGUUUAUGUAUAAUAGUUUCAAGGCUUUGGGAGUCUUUCUGAACAAAUGCUCAUUGUAGUACAUUAUAUGCAAAUUGUUUUGCUGCUAGGUUUUCAAACUCAGAAUAUCAAAACUAUGUUUUUAUUUUAUUUCAUUUUCAUUGAUUAAAGAUAUUUUUGGAUUUGUCACCAAGCAUUGCAUAUAAUCUUUUCAUUAUGUUGAAGUCAGUUAUUCAUUACUUGAUCUGCAACUACUCCCAAGAAGUGUUUAUGUUUCUACAAUAGCUUCACAUUUAUACUUAUGUUUUAAUUAAACAACAUCAAAAUUGCUUGCUUUAAAAACUAAGCAAUAUACAUUUUGCUUGAACUGCUUACAGUAAUUUUAACCUAAGAUUAUAGAGACCUUAUUCAGGAAAAAAUAUUUGAGUGUACUUUCAAAACUUGACAUUCUUGUCAGAGAAACAUUUCUAGAUAUUGUAUGCUUGUUUUUUGUUGUUUCUAGAAAGAUAAAAUAUUUUGGUAGUAAUUUAAAAUACGAGAAUGAAAAUAUUUAUUUGUCCACAGUUGGAAAUGUUGGGUAAAUGUCUUUUCUCAAAGAUCACAGGACUUUUUGCCUUUCAUUUUUGUCUUUUUAUUUCUGGAUUCAUGGAAUUUAAUGUUAAUCAGUUGUAUGUAUCCCUUUACAGAGACUAGAGGAAAUAUUUCACAUAAAAUGUUUUAUAACACUUAACCAUUUAAUCAAAGAUAUAUUUACUUUGCAUUGUUCUUUUUACUAGGUGUGGCACAUUUUUCUUAAUGGGAUAAUUUGCACCACUUAUGUGAAGGGAGCCUAUGACAUUUUGCACUAGCUAAAAUUUAAAAUUAGAGUUACUCUUACCAUUCUUCUCAAAUAUGACUGGUCAGCUAAUUACUCAAUUUGUUCAAGAAAAUGGAUCAGAAAUGAGCAGCAUAGUUUUCUAAGAAUUCAUUAAGAUUUACGGAAUCAGCUCUUGCACUGCCCAUUUUUUUGAGUUUUGAAAAAAGUAAUUGAGAAGUUAAGUUCUAAAGUCUUUCAUGUAGUAGAAUUAGAUAAUGAGAUUAUCUGAGUAAAUUAAUUGGUGAUUUCAGAGAUAAGACUAAUAUUUUAAAUUAUUUAUGUUCCUGAUUAAUAUGAAAAUGUACUCACUGGAGAGUUUGGAGUAAAAUACAUGUAGACUUCAUAGAAUAAAUGAUAAAUGUAUAAAUGCAGUAGCUCAGGAUUCUAUGUACCUUGGAAAGUACACUAAUAAAGAUUAUUGUUCAAAAA